AUGUCAAAUCAAACAGAAACCCCCAAGAGAUUCACAAGAGAUGAAAUUAUGGCCAUGGCAAGAUAUGAAUAUGCUCGUCAAUUAUCUAUUUACACAAAAGAACAACUCAACAAAGGAUCCACUGCAUCAAGAAACACUAGUUCUACUGCCCCUCCUACUUCUUCAGCAAGAAUCAUUUCAUUAUUGUAA